UAUUUAGAAGUGUUAACUACAUGUACUAAAUAAGCGAAAAAUUGAAGUAACGUAAAUCUUUAAUCAAUCACGUUAUAGAAGUAUCUCCGACUCCGUAAAAAGUGGCUUUUCAUCGGAUGACGGACUUUCCAUAAAGAGAGUAUAAUCCACAUUUAUUUAAUUAACUUACUGAAAAAUUAUAUUUACUCUUCUUCUUAACCCACAAAUAAUUAUUUAUUCCAUAAUGGUAUUCACUUCCGAUACUUUGACCUAUAAGGCGUAUACAUUUACAUAUAAUGGUGAUCCAAUUACUCCAACUGAAGAAACCAUUACUUUAGCAAAACAAGCCGAUGGAAAUUAUGGGGUUGCCACUGAGAAUAUUUUAAUUAAAGUGGCAGCUGCUGCAUUAAAUCCAGUGGAUGCUAAAUUAUAUCAUUUAACAUUUUGGCCAUUUCAAUACCUUGGUAAAAAGGGUACUGGUAGAGAUUAUAGUGGUACAGUUGUUUCAAUUGGACUAGACGCUCAAUCUAAAACUGGUUUGAAAGUAGGUGAUUUGGUUCAGGGUCAUUAUGAUCGUAGACUUCCUCAUGGUACUGUUUCUGAAUAUAUAUUGAUUAAUCCAUCUAGUCAAACUGAUCAUAAUGUUGGAAAAAUUCCAAGUAAUCUUAGUAAAUAUGAUGCAGCUGCAUGGCCUUUAGUAUAUGGUACAGCAAUUAGAAUCACCGAUAAAUUGAAUAUUAAAGAUUCAAGAGUUCUUGUAAUUGGUGGAGCUACGUCUGUUGGAAGAUUUGUUCUACAAAUAUUGAAGAGAGAAGGUGCUGCAUGGGUUGCAUCUACAAAUUCAUCAAGAUCAGAUUCAAUUGUAAAAGAAUUGGGUGCAAAUGUUUCAAUUGACUAUAGUAAAGGUUCAAUCCUUAAUUCUGUUUUAGAAGAAGUAAAAUCUGGAGGUACAUUUGAUUAUAUUUUGGAUUGUUAUGGUAGUGGAGAUUUAUUUCCCGAAAUCAAUAAUAUUUUAACACCAAAAUCAGGUCUCUAUACUACUAUUAUUGGUGAUAAAAGUUUCUACUCGAUUAAUCAAAUUGGAUGGUUCAAUGCUGGAAGGAUGAUAAAGAGAAUAUUAUAUUCUGGGCUUGGAUUCUUAAGCUUUAAUUACCUUUUAAGUCAAGGGGUGGCUACCCAUAAGUUCAUUAAUCAAGGUGCAAAGGAAAUUGAAGAAGGUAAGUUAAGAAUUUUCAUUGAUAGUUAUUACAAAUUUUCCGAAUUCGAUAAGGCAUUUGAGAAGUUACAAAGUGACAAAGCUCAAGGAAAAAUCAUCAUUAAGAUUGAUGAAGAAUAGUUCAUGUUUGUCUUUAAUAGAUAAUGAUAUAGUUAUAAUAUAUAUUAGUAUGUUAUUUUGUCGCAAAAUCCCCUACGGAGAUAUACAGAAUUAAGUUACAGCAAUAAUAUACAUAAGGUAUCGGUUAAAACCUUCUAUAAAUAUUAUUAAAUCAAUUGCCGCUGAAACUAGGCUGAGUAUCAGUAUUUUGCAAUCAUUAUCAGAGGCAAAAAAACGCGGGGUUGGUCCACAAAAGCAAGUGAAAUAUGUUUGCAAAAUCACAGUCGAACUUUCCAUUAAUAUACAUAAACAUAUAAAUAUAUAUAUAUAUAUUACUAUAAGUAAAGAAUAAGUAAGUAGUUUCAUACAGUUAAUAAAUAGUAAAGA